AUUCAAACGUUUCAAACGGGUUGCUGAGGACUGCUUUCACCUCUCAGGAAGCGAUUACAGAACUGCAUCAGAGUUGUCAUUGAAAGUUUAAUUAAAUCAAGAUUUAUCCCUUUUAAAUGAAAUUAAAAAUUUUAAUAGAAAUAAGUGCUUGUUAGUGAGUGGAAUUUGGUUAUGGCAUAUUAGAACAAAAUAUGAGAUGAGCUGAUGACAUGUUUUCUUGUUUUCUGAUUAUAGAACACUCACUACUCUAUUGAAACAACAACCCUACGGAGCGACGACGAAGUGAAGGCCUGAAUUGCACGUUAUCAACGGAGUAUUGCUGUCGAAAGGUAUCGUAUAGCUGUAUACCAGCCAAAAUCAAAACAUCUUCCCUGUCUGUACCCCAGCCCAGCUAGGGCACGCCCCACUCUGUAGAACAUGACGAGGAUGAGGCAAGCAACAACUUUGACCCCGUGAAUGUGGUCUCUAUGACGCCAAUGGCUGUGUUCAUUGUCCGAUUCACAAGCGGUCGGGUGCAUGUAUGCAGAGCCCCGUUGGUGACUAAAGUAAGGCAAUAUUGCUUCUGGAUGAUUAGUCGAUCGCAGAAUUCGGAAGUGGAAGGAAGUUUAACUAGUCUCUCCCAAGAUUACAAAACACUUGAUCUAUUUAGUAAGAUUACGGAUAAUAGCAAAUUCUUGAAGAGCAUCGGUAGUUUUCAACAAACGAAAUAUUAUAAUAGUUUAAGCACUCUUGGUGAACUUGGCAGAACCCGAACGAAGAUGGUACAUUCACGCAACAAUAUGCAGUGCCAAACGGGACAGAAUGGAGCGGACAUUCUCGCCUGUGAUAGGUUUAUUCGUACUGGUACCAAGGACAGGCAAGUAUUAAACGGCACAACGACAAACGAAUGUCCAGUACAUUGUUCCAGAAACGCCACACAGAAAUUUAACCAUGAACACCGUAAUUAGUUCCAUAUAUUUUCAUUUUCACCUAGCGAUAUCUUCAGAGCAGUAUUUUCUUUGCUUACCCACUACGGGUAGCAAUAUUACUCAACGUUCAACCGAAAUGGCCACAUUAAUCGAUGGUAAGCAAAUUGCUGCCGAUAUACGGAGCGAACUGCGUGAGCAGGUCGAAGAAUGGAUGAAGCUAGGGCACCGAGCGCCACAGCUAACAGCUAUCCUCAUUGGAGAUGAUCCAGCAAGUAGCACCUAUGUGGCGAAUAAAAUGAAGGCUGCACAAGAUGUGGGCAUACAAAGCAAAACCGUUCGGUAUGCAGCGGAUAUAACUGAGGAGCAGCUACUGCAGUAUGUGGAGCAGCUCAAUCAAGAUGAUAGUGUUGAUGGAAUUCUGGUACAAUUGCCAGUCCCGGAGCACAUCAACGAACGCAAGGUAUGCAAUUCUGUGUCCUGCGACAAAGAUGUGGACGGUUUCAAUGAGCGGAACGUGGGACGCUUAUGUCUCGAUAUGAACACCCUUAUACCGUGCACGCCGCUUGGUGUACAGGAGUUAAUCAAACGCUGUCAAAUAGAGACAUUUGGAAAAAACGCAGUCGUAGUGGGACGAUCGAAAAAUGUAGGCAUGCCGAUUGCUAUGCUGCUGCAUGCUGAUGGCCGCAACGAUACCUGCGCGAUGGAUGCUACUGUGACAAUGUGUCACCGGUUCACUCCACCGGAGGAGCUCAAGCGAUUCUGCCGAACAGCAGAUAUAAUUGUCACUGCAACCGGGGUGCCGGGAUUGAUUAAAGCCGAUAUGGUUAAAGAAGGAGCGGCUAUUAUCGAUGUUGGGAUAACUCGAGUGACGGAUCCAGUAACAGGCAAGAAUAAAUUAGUUGGAGAUGUUGAAUUCGAAGCGGUUCGAAAGGUGGCGGGACAUAUAACACCGGUCCCUGGAGGUGUCGGACCGAUGACCGUGGCCAUGCUUAUGAAAAAUACCUUUAUCGCGGCUAAGAACUUGGCGAACAAAAGAAAACAACUGUGAACGAUAUAACGCCAUGUAACGAGUGAGAGUGAGUGAAAAUUUAAAACCUGUAGUUCUUGUAAAGUGCAUUUAUAAGAGAGUAUUCUGAAGAUAUAUUGUAUAGCAGAAUCUGAAUAUGAUUCACUAUUCGACUGAUACUUUGUAUCCGAGAAUUGUGCAAAGAAUCUAGAGACUGUACAAUAGAAUUGUAUGAUUAUGAAAAUAAAUUAUUGACCUACAAAAUUACACAAAAUAA